AUGGCAGCCCCCAGCUUCGUACAGGAGAUGCAGGCUGUGGGCCAGAGACUGUUACUCAAAUUGCAGAGGCUCCCUGAGGCGGAGCCCGUGGAACUUGUGGCCUUCUCCAUCCUUGUCCUCUUCAUAGCCACAGUCCUGCUGCUGAUGCUGAUCGCCUGCAGCUGCUGUUGCGUCCACUGCUGCUGCCCCCAGCAGCGCAGUGGCAGGAAGAUCCAAGUGCGGCCCACUAGCUAG